AUGGGUCUCCAGGGGAGGUUCUGCUUCCCCCUGGUGCUCCUGCUGGGCUCUGUGCUCUUGGCGACCUCGGCCCCAGCCACUCUCGAGUCUUCUGGAUGCAGCAAGAAGGAGCAACAGGUCACCGUCAGCCACACCUACAAGAUCGACGUGCCCAAGUCUGCCUUCGUCCAGGUGGAGGCUGACCCACAGCCCCUUCGUGGUGAUGGAACCUCGCUCCUGGCCCCAGAGGAGACCGAGGAACAGAAUAUCGUCUUCAGGCACAACAUCCGCCUGCAGACGCCACAGAAGGACUGUGAGCUGGCAGGCAGCGUGUGGGACCUCCUGGCCCGGGUGAAGAAGCUGGAGGAGGAGAUGGCGGAGGUGAAGGAGAGGUGCAGUGCCCAGCGCUGCUGCUCAGGAGCAGCUGGUCUGAGCCGCCACUGUAGUGGCCACGGGACCUUCUCCCUGGACACGUGCAGCUGCCACUGCGAGCAUGGCUGGGAGGGCGCCGACUGCGAGCGGCUCGCCUGCCCCGGCGCCUGCAGCGGCCACGGGCGCUGCGUGGACGGCCGCUGCGUGUGCGAGCCGCCCUAUGUGGGCGCCGACUGUGCCUACCCCGCCUGCCCUGAGAACUGCAGCGGUCACGGCACAUGCGUGCGUGGCGUCUGCCAGUGCCAUGAGGACUUCACGUCGGAGGACUGCAGCGAGAAGCGCUGCCCCGGCGACUGCAGCGGCCACGGCUUCUGUGACACGGGAGAGUGUUACUGCGAGGAGGGCUUCACCGGCCUGGACUGCGCCCAGGUGGUCGCCCCCCAGGGACUGCAGCUGCUCAAGAGCACGGAGGAUUCCCUGCUGGUGAGCUGGGAGCCCUCCAGCCAGGUAGACCACUACCUCCUCAGCUACUACCCACUGGGGAAGGAGCUCUCUGUGAAGCAGAUCAAAGUGCCCAAGGAGCAGCACAGCUAUGAGAUCCUUGGUUUGCUGCCUGGAACCAAGUACAUCGUGAGCCUGCGCAAUGUGAAGAAAGAGAUUUCCAGCAGCCCACAGCAUCUACUGGCCACCACAGAUCUUGCUGUGCCUGGCACUGCCUGGGUGACGGAUGAGACGGAGAACUCCCUUGACGUGGAAUGGGAGAACCCCCUAACCGAGGUGGACUACUACAAGUUGCAGUAUGGCCCCCUGACAGGGCAAGAGGUGGCCGAGGUCACCGUGCCCAAGAGCGGUGACCCCAAGAGCCGAUAUGACAUCACAGGUCUGCAGCCGGGGACGGAAUAUAAGAUCACAGUCAUCCCCAUGAGGGGAGACCUCGAGGGCAAGCCAAUUCUUCUGAAUGGCAGGACAGAAAUCGAUAGUCCAACCAAUGUGGUCACUGACCGAGUGACCGAAGACACAGUGGCGGUCUCCUGGGACCCAGUCCGGGCGGUCAUUGAUAAGUACAUGGUGCGCUACAUCUCCGCUGACGGGGAGACCAGGGACACGGCGGUGCCCAGGGAGCAGAACAGCACUGUCCUGACAGGCCUGAGGCCGGGGGAGGCCUAUGAAGUCUACGUGUGGGCUGAGAGGGGCAACCAGGAGAGCAAGAAGGCGGACACCACGGCCCUCACAGAAAUUGACAGCCCCCAGAACCUAGUGACCCAUCAGGUGACGGAGAACACGGCCACUGUCUCAUGGGACCCGGUGCAGGCCGUCAUCGACAGGUACCUGGUGCGCUACACUUCUGCUGACGGAGAUACCAGGGAGAUUCCGGUGGGGAAGGAGCAGAGCAGCACCGUCCUGACGGGCCUGAGGCCAGGUGCGGAGUACACGGUCCACGUGUGGGCUGAGAAGGGGAACCGGGAGAGCAGGAAGGCUGACACCAAGGCCCCGACAGAAAUCGACAGCCCCCAAAACCUGGUGACCGAGCAGGUGACAGAGAACACGGCCACCAUCUCCUGGGCCCCGGUGCAGGCCGUCAUCGACAGGUACCUGGUGCGCUACACCUCUGCUGACGGAGACACCAGGGAGGUUCCGGUGGGGAAGGAGCAGAGCAGCACCAUCCUGACGGGCCUGAGGCCAGGCGUGGAGUACAUGGUCCACGUGUGGGCCCAGAAGGGGGACCGGGAGAGCAGGAAAGCCGACACCAAGGCCCCGACAGACAUUGACAGCCCCAAAAACCUGGUGACCAAGCAGGUGACAGAGAACACGGCCACCAUUUCCUGGGACCCGGUGCAGGCCAUCAUCGACAGGUACCUGGUGCGCUACACCUCUGCUGACGGAGACACCAGGGAGGUUCCGGUGGGGAAGGAGCAGAGCAGCACCGUCCUGACGGGCCUGAGGCCGGGCGUGGAGUACACAGUCCACGUGUGGGCCCAGAAGGGGGACCAGGAGAGCAGGAAGGCCGACACCAAGGCUCCAACAGACAUCGACAGCCCCCAAAACCUGGUGACCGAGCAGGUGACAGAGAACACGGCCACUGUCUCCUGGGACCCAGUGCAGGCCGUCAUCGACAGGUACCUGGUGCGCUACACCUCUGCUGAUGGAGACACCAGGGAGGUUGAGGUGGGGAAGGAGCAGAGCAGCACCGUCCUGACAGGCCUGAGGCCGGGCGUGGAGUACACGGUCCACGUGUGGGCCCAGAAGGGGGACCAGGAGAGCAGGAAGGCCGACACCAAGGCCCCGACAGAAAUUGACAGCCCCCAGAACCUGGUGACCGAGCAGGUGACGGAGAACACGGCCACCGUCUCCUGGGCCCCGGUGCAGGCCGUCAUCGACAGAUACCUGGUGCGCUACACCUCUGCUGACGGAGACACCAGGGAGGUUCCAGUGGGGAAGGAGCAGAGCAGCACUGUCCUGACGGGCCUCAGGCCGGGCGUGGAGUACACGGUCCACGUGUGGGCCCAGAAGGGGGAUCAGGAGAGCAGGAAGGCCGACACCAAGGCCCCGACAGACAUUGACCCUCCCCAAAACCUUCAUCCUUCUGCUGUAACCCAGUCUGGUGGGGUAUUGACCUGGACACCCCCCUCUGCCGAGAUUGAUGGCUAUAUUCUGACCUACCAGUUCCCGGAUGGCACUGUGAAGGAGGUGCAGCUUGGAAGAGGGGACCAGAGGUUUGAGUUGCAAGGCCUUGAGCAGGGUGUCACCCUCCCUGUCUCCUUAGUUGCCUUUAAGGGUGAUCGCCGGAGCAGGAGUGUAUCUACCAACCUUUCCACAGUUGGUGCCCGUUUUCCACACCCUUCGGACUGCAGUCAAGUUCAGCAGAACAGCAACGUCGCCAGUGGCCUCUACACCAUCUACCUGCAUGGGGAUGCCAGCCGGCCCCUGCAGGUGUACUGUGACAUGGACACAGAUGGAGGCGGCUGGACUGUCUUCCAGAGGCGGAACACCGGGCAGCUGGAUUUCUUCAAGCGCUGGCGGACCUACGUGGAAGGCUUUGGGGACCCCAUGAAGGAGUUCUGGCUUGGACUUGACAAGCUACACAACCUUACCAUGGGCACGCCCACCCGCUAUGAGGUGAGAGUGGACUUACAGACUGCCAACGAAUCUGCCUAUGCCGUGUACGACUCCUUCCAGGUGGCCUCCAGCAAGGAGCGGUACAGGCUCACAGUCGGGAAAUACAGAGGCACGGCAGGGGACGCACUCACUUAUCACAACGGAUGGAAGUUUACAACCUUUGACCGAGACAACGACAUCGCCCUCAGCAACUGUGCCCUGACGCAUCACGGCGGCUGGUGGUACAAGAACUGCCACUUGGCCAACCCCAAUGGCAGAUACGGGGAGACCAAGCAUAGUGAGGGGGUGAACUGGGAGCCGUGGAAGGGACAUGAAUUCUCCAUUCCUUUUGUGGAGUUGAAGAUCCGACCUCACGGCUACAGCGGGGAGCAUGUCCUGGGCAGAAAGAAGCGAAUGCUGGGAGAAAAUUCGAGAACGUUCUGA